CAACCUCGCGGCCGGCUGUCCCACAGCCUAUUUACACCCUAAAUCCAUUCGCGAAUCGAAUUUUAAUCGAUAUCCAUUCCAUUAUUAAUUAAAUCGAGUUAAUCCUAUAUCGGAAAUCGCUUAUUAUCAAACCGACAAGACAUUAAACGAAUGACAGUAUUAUUUGCAAUGUUGCCCCCGUGCGAUUGGUGUUUGUGAUGUGUUUUCAAUAUGUAAUUGGUGUAAUUAUGAAGUUAUUAAAAACUGAUUAACUAAACAGAAUGAGAGGGGCGAAGGCGGUUUUUCUCAUUUUGUUUUUCGGCCAUCUCUCCGCCUUACCCGAUACAAUUCGAAUUGGCGGCCUAUUCCACCCCGAGGAUGACAAGCAAGAGGUUGCGUUCCGUUACGCAGUGGAGAGGGUUAACGCGGACCGUGCAGUGUUGCCACGAGCGAAAUUACUCGCGCAAGUAGAAACUAUAUCGCCUCAGGACAGCUUCCACGCUUCUAAAAGAGUAUGUCAUCUACUUCGGAGUGGCGUGGCAGCUAUAUUUGGGCCGCAAUCGGCACCUGCAGCCGCCCAUGUUCAGUCCAUAUGUGACACAAUGGAACUGCCCCAUUUGGAGACCAGAUGGGAUUAUCGUACAAGGCGGGAGUCCUGUCUAGUUAACUUAUAUCCUCACCCAGCGGCGCUUAGCCGGGCAUACGUAGAUCUAGUUCGAGCUUGGGGAUGGAAGUCAUUUACAAUAGUUUACGAGAAUAGCGACGGUCUGGUCCGACUUCAAGAGUUACUGAAAGCCCAUGGGCCGUCUGAAUUGCCUGUUGCGGUCAGACAACUGCCCGAUUCUCACGACUACAGGCCACUACUCAAGCAAAUAAAGAAUUCCGCUGAGUCACAUAUAGUGCUAGAUUGUGCUACGGAGAGGAUAAGGGAUGUAUUACAACAGGCACAGCAGAUUGGAAUGAUGUCUGACUACCACAGUUACCUCAUAACAUCUUUAGAUCUUCAUAGUGUAGAUCUAGAGGAAUUCAAAUAUGGCGGCACUAAUAUUACUGCACUGAGAUUGCUUGAUCCAGAGAGAGCUGAAGUACAAAGAGUAGUCAGGGACUGGGUUUAUGACGAAGCGAGAAAGGGAAGAAAAUUACAACUGGGACACACCUCAGCUAAGGAAAACAUGACUUUUAUUAAGACAGAGACGGCACUGAUGUACGACGCUGUCCAUUUAUUCGCGAAAGCCCUUCACGACCUUGACACGUCCCAGCAAAUCGACGUCCGCCCGCUGUCGUGUGAGGCGGAAGAUACGUGGCCUCAUGGAUACAGUCUUAUAAACUAUAUGAAGAUAGUGGAAAUGAAAGGUUUAACGGGAGUUAUAAAGUUCGACCAUCAAGGCUUUCGUAGCGACUUUACCCUUGACAUAAUAGAGCUGACACGGGACGGCCUACAAAAGGCUGGAAUAUGGAACUCAUCCGAAGGUGUAAACUAUACGAGGUCUUACGGCGAUAACCAAAAGCAAAUAGUGGAAAUUUUACAGAACAAAACGCUUAUUGUUACAACAAUUCUGAGUGCACCAUAUUGCAUGAGAAAGGAGGCAAGCGAAAAAUUAACUGGCAACGCGCAAUUUGAGGGAUACGCUAUCGAUUUAAUUCACGAGAUAUCAAAAGUUCUCGGCUUCAAUUACACAUUCAAGCUAGCCCCUGACGGUCGGUACGGGUCAUAUAACCGGGAGAGCAAGGAAUGGGACGGGAUGAUACGGGAAUUGUUGGAACAAAGGGCCGAUUUAGCGAUAGCCGACCUCACUAUUACUUACGACAGGGAACAAGUCGUAGACUUCACGAUGCCAUUUAUGAAUCUCGGAAUAUCAGUACUCUACCGCAAGCCGAUAAAACAACCACCAAAUCUAUUUUCCUUCCUCUCGCCAUUAUCACUAGAUGUCUGGAUAUAUAUGGCUACCGCCUACCUAGGAGUCUCUGUUCUACUAUUUAUACUUGCAAGGUUUACUCCGUACGAAUGGCACCAAUCACGCACUGCAGACGGCGAAAAAAUGGAGAACAUAUUUUCACUAGCAAAUUGUUUAUGGUUUGCCAUCGGAUCACUUAUGCAACAGAGCUGUGACUUUUUGCCCAAAGCUGUCUCAACCAGGAUGGUAGCAGGGAUGUGGUGGUUCUUUACAUUGAUUAUGAUCUCUUCAUACACCGCAAAUCUGGCUGCCUUUCUAACAGUGGAGAGGAUGGACUCCCCAAUCGAAAGUGCUGAAGACUUGGCAAAGCAAACCAAGAUCAAGUAUGGAGCUCUGAAAGGAGGUUCCACUGCAGCUUUCUUUAGAGACUCAAACUUCUCAACGUACCAAAGAAUGUGGUCUUUCAUGGAAUCAGCUCGACCAUCAGUAUUCACAACCAGUAAUAAAGAAGGGGAGGAAAGAGUGAUGAGGGGUAAGGGAGCGUAUGCAUACCUCAUGGAAUCGACGACAAUUGAAUACGUUGUGGAAAGGAAUUGCGACUUGACGCAAGUUGGUGGGAUGCUGGACUCCAAAGGAUAUGGAAUAGCUAUGCCACCAAAUUCACCAUACCGUACCGCUAUAAGUGGCGCUGUUUUAAAACUGCAAGAAGAAGGGAAACUGCACAUAUUGAAGACAAAGUGGUGGAAAGAGAAGCGUGGAGGCGGUUCAUGUCGAGAUGAGACAUCUAAAUCUUCGUCAACGGCGAAUGAGCUGGGUUUGGCAAAUGUGGGAGGAGUGUUCGUAGUGCUCAUGGGCGGUAUGGGUGUGGCCUGUGUUAUAGCCGUUUGUGAGUUCGUCUGGAAAUCCCGAAAAGUAGCUGUUGAUGAAAGAAAGGAGGAGGCAUCGCUUUGUUCGGAGAUGGCAUCUGAGUUGCGAUCCGCUCUGAAGUGUCCUAGUGGCGGAAGUGGAGGGGGCAGUGGACCUCGUGAGGGAGCAGAUUCUCCCUAUUUGCACUACGGAUUCAGUACCAAGAGCCAACUACACUAGCGGCCGGACCGUGCCGCCUCGCCACCGAGCGAUGUGUAGGCAUGGAUAACAAAAUAAUCGUACAUUGCGCGCCCAAAACCCUGUCAAUCUCAUACUAAGCUUCAGUUCAAUAUCUAUAGCAAGCGUAUUUUCUGCUACUCGUAGAUGCUUGUGACGACUGUCGAAUGGUUGUAUUUGAGUCGUUCGACUGGUAUUCAAUACUGAAUCUGCCACAACCAAAUAUAUUAUAAUUGAUAUUUAUGAAAAUGUACCGUGACUUGACAAGGGCCUAAUUAGCCUCUUGACUAUUAAUUAAUAGAAGGGCAGAUGAUAAUUGUAAUCAGGGGUUUUGCUUCACGGUGUACCUAUUUGUCAUUUAACAAUAUAAAAAAGGAAAUUCCUCCUAUACAGUAUAUUCUGAAAAGAAUUAAACAAUUUGUGAAUUUUCAUACUAAUUCCAGAGGAUAGUAGGUAUAACACAUUUGAAGGAUUAGGUGUAACGGUGGCACUUUGGUCUGAAUAGCCUUUUUACGGGCCUAAUAUUUAUCACGCACGAUUAUUACUUGCCAACCCUUUCUUGAUAAAUAGAUGUAUUUAUGCAAAUCAUUUUUUAUUUCAAGUUUAAAUGCAAUUGUGCAUUCUAUUUUUAUUGAAAUAUUUUUUGUUUAAUGUAAUUUGAAAACAAUCCAAUGUCAACGGGUUUAAAUGUUACUGCCGUGGCAAAAACCAGCUAAGGCUGAUGGUUAUAAGGCGAACUUAGGCACAUCAAUUACAUACAAAUAAAGUAAUUGGUGUGAUGUGUGUAAGAAUUUGUAUGAACUCCUGCUAAAUGCACUCAGUAAAUCUUAAUAAAAAAAACAAUAUAACUAAAGUUACAUUUAUUUUGCGUAAAUAAAUCUUCGAUAAGUUUAAGUACGCCAUAUACAUUUUUACCUCUUGACAUGACGCGACAUUACAUUUUAAAAAUCUCU